UGAACUUUGUUUUCUCCUCGAUCCUGGCAAGAGUUUAGUAAUUGGGUAGCAAGCAACACCGUACACUUACAUGGAACAAAAAUGUAGAAGACAGGGAUCCAUGAACAAUGUAAAAGAUCAAAUUUGCCAACCCGGUAGGCUCUCUUCACGGUACCACAACUCUACGUCGAUUGUUUUUUUUAAUUAGGUGACACAAUUUGCUCCGUGCAAAAGGAUGCAGAUUAAGGUGGGACAUAUUCCGAGGUAUGGGAAGUUGGAGGCAUCAUCAGGUCGAUCUCCUGCGGCCGGCAGUUACUAGAAAACUGGUUUUGUAAUCUGGCUCCAAUAGCGGUGGAUUUGGGCGUAACCGGAUCAAGGUCAAAGUCGAAAUGGACAAUCGGAGGAAAACCUGCGCUUUCGACACGAUUUGACGCAGGCUCAAGAAUUGGACAGAGAUGGAAAGCAGAACCGGAAGCUGGAUGAAGAUGAUGAUGGCUGGAGGGAGAACAGAGGAUUCGGGAGGAUGGCAAAGAGUUUUUCUUUUGGCUGUUGUUUUCUGCACUGCGCGAUUUUGUCAUGCCGAAAUCGGAUCUCGUGAGGAUGCAUUCGUCGGGUACUCUGAGAAGUCUUACAAGAAGACCGUGUUCCCAGCACCUCGUCAUGGGAACGAGUUUUUGAUAUUUUCCACCAGAUUUGGGGAUAUCAGAGUGGAACUGUUACCGGAAUCAUCUCCGAAUGCUGUCAAGUACAUGAAGAGCCUAGUCACCCAAAGGCUCAUGGAUGGAUGUUCAUUCUAUCGCGCCGAGCCUGCUGGCCCUACUAUCGACGAGGGCCGUGAUAGCAUCAGGCCGGGCUAUGCUUUAGUGCAGGGGGGCUUGUAUUCCUGCGGUCGUCAAGAAACGAAGAACUUGCACGUUGAAACUGCUGUGAAUAAUACCAAGGGUGCAGUUUCUCUUAUUACCGGCACAAGUGAGUUCUUUUUCAACCUCGAAGCGCAUCCCGAGUGGGACGGGAGCUUCUCUGUAUUUGGAAAAGUGGUUGACAUCGACAGCUGGAAUGUAUUGCGUAGAAUAGUAGCACUUCCCACAAGACAGGAAGCUCAUUCGAGUGGUACAAUACUGCGCAUGCUUCAAAGUCCAGUGCCCUUCAAGACCAGAUUAGAGCUUCCCACCCCUAUCCAGGGCAGUUAAUCUUCAAACCCCGUACUCUUUCACAAGAAAGAGCACUCUCUAGCUGCUCAAUGAGAAGUACCAGGAGCCUGAAAAGGCUGAUCUGGCCGGUGGGGCGCAGGGAAAUUGAAAGAGAAUCAGUCCUCACGCAUGUCACCGUAUAAGCUACUUCACCAAAGCACAUAUCGUACACAGGCCUUCGACGGAGUAAGGUCUUCGCACAUUUUACAUGGCCCAUGGUGGCGAAUGCUUUGAACCUAGUAAAACGGUGGGUAACCUCGUCGAGCAGUGUCCUCCGAGAGCCAAAUGGUCAGCCAUAGAGGGACCUGGCUGAUCAAAUAAAGGAAAUAUGCUUACAUCAGCUGUCUUACGUUAGUUGCCCCCCCCCC